UGCUGAUGACAGAAAACAAGACAGUUAGAUUCUGCUGCUCCUUUUCUCUAAAAGCCGUCGACCACUGCAUUCACCUCACAGCUGCCGGCUUCCACACAAGAUACGGUGAAUAACGGGAUGUAGCCAACAAAAUGGAGUAUGAUGAAAAACUUGCACUCUUUCGUCAAACCCGCCUCAAUCCCUUCGAUCGAGGAGAGGAAGAAGAUGGUCCUCAAGAAGGGAAGACGCCCCAGCAACACGAAACCAGGCCCGAGCUGUUCUCUGGGGGCAGAACUCGCAGUUCGGACCGGACCAUGGACCUGGGCUUAGCCGAGGACCACUUCUCCAGGCCUGUGGGCUCUUUUGUGGCGUCAGACAUCGAACAGCUGAAACUGGCCAUAGAGGAGUGUAAGAAGCUGAUUUUGGAGCUGCCUGAACAUUCGGAGAGACAGAAGGACACCGUGGUGAAACUCAUCCACCUGCGUCUCAAGCUGCAGGAGCUUAAGGACCCCGAGGAGGAUGAGCCUAAUCUGAGAGUCCUGCUGGAGCACCGCUUCUCCAAAGAGAAGAGCAAGAGUGUGAAACAGACCUGUGACAAGUGUAGCACCAUCAUCUGGGGCCUUAUCCAGACUUGGUAUACUUGCACAGGAUGUUAUUACCGCUGCCAUAGUAAGUGUAUGAACCUCAUCACCAAGCCCUGCGUCAGGUCGAAGGUCAGCCAUCAGUCGGAGUACGAGCUCAGCAUCUGUCCUGAAAUAGGACUGGAUCGGCAGGACUACCGCUGCGCAGAGUGUCGAGCACCCGUUUCACUGAGGGGUAUACCCAGCGAGGCCAGGCAGUGCGACUACACGGGCCGCUAUUACUGCAGCAGCUGCCACUGGAAUGACAUCGCCAUCAUCCCGGCUCGAGUCAUUCACAACUGGGAGUUUGAACCACGCAAGGUUUGCCGCUCCUCGAUGCGCUACCUCGCAUUGAUGAUGCCGCGGCCCGUGCUGAGACUGAAGGAAAUCAAUCCGCUGCUGUUUAACUUUGUGGAGGAGCUGGUGGAGAUCAGGAAACUUCGUCAAGAUAUUCUGUUGAUGAAACCCUAUUUUAUUACCUGCAAAGAGGCGAUGGAAGCUCGUCUGCUGCUACAGCUCCAGGAUCGGCAGCACUUUGUGGAGAAUGACGACAUGUACUCGCUGCAGGAUUUGAUCGACAUCUCCAGCGGCAGACUCAGCUGCUCCCUCACAGAGAUCCACACCACAUUUGCAAAGCACAUCAAACUAGACUGCGAGCGUUGUCAAGCCAAAGGAUUUGUGUGUGAGCUCUGUAAGGAGGGAGACAUCCUGUUCCCCUUUGACAGCCACACCUCGGUUUGCCACGACUGCUCGGCUGUCUUCCACAGAGACUGCUACUAUGACAACUCCACCACCUGUCCGCGGUGCGCCCGGAUGACCGAGCGCAAGCAGGAUGAUGUCUGAGAUGUGAAGGGAACA